CAUGCGAAAAGUUCGUCUGGUCGAUGUCAAGAUAUUAUUUAGAAAAUUGCUGGAUGGGAAUGUUAAAUUUCCCACUAAGUGUGUGCAUAUUAACUCAAGGGCUUUGUCUGCGACUUUUGAAACACAAGAUGCCAAGAAGAACCCAACUGAAAACUCUGAACUCAAAUCUCCAUUGGUAGGUGUCAGGGUGCUAGACCUUACAAGAGUACUUGCAGGUCCUUUUUGUACGAUGAUGCUCGGUGAUCUAGGGGCAGACAUUAUCAAAGUGGAAAGACCAGGAGUUGGUGAUGAUACUCGCCAGUGGGGUCCACCGUUUGUUGCUGACGAAAGUUGCUACUUUUUAUCGAUCAACCGAAACAAAAAGAGUAUAUGUGUGAAUCUAAAACAUCCUGAUGGUCUGAAGAUAAUUCAGAAGAUAGCGGCCAAGAGUGACAUUCUUGUUGAAAACUACGUUCCUGGUAAAUUGACAGAGCUCGGUCUCGGCUAUGAAGACCUACGAAAGAUUGCACCCUCUCUCAUUUAUUGCUCGAUCACAGGUUAUGGGCCUGACGGACCCUAUGCUGGGCGUGGUGGGUACGAUGUAGUGGCAGCCGCUAUGGGGGGUCUCCUUCACAUCACUGGACCACAACAAGGUGAUCCAGUGAGAGUGGGCGUGGCCAUGACUGAUUUAUCAACGGGUCUGUUUGCCAAAGCGGCAAUACUCGGUGCUCUUUACCACCGAGAAAGAACUGGUCAGGGGCAGAAGAUCGACUGCAACCUUCUCUCAACCCAAGUCGCCAUCAUGUCUCACAUUGGAACUAAUUACUUAAUGGGAGGUAUGGAGGCCAAAAGAUGGGGAACUGGGCAUAGUAGCAUCGUCCCUUACCAGGCGUUCAAGACAUCUGAUGGCAGAUUUCUUAUUGUCGGAGCUGGCAAUAAUGGUCACUUUAAGAUUUUAUGCAAGCUUCUGAAAAUGGAUCAUCUAUUAAAUGAUGAGCGAUAUGAAUCUAAUGAAUUAAGGGUUGCCAACCGAACACCACUUAUAGAAGGAUUGUCUCAAAGGUUUCAAGAGAAGACGCUAUCGGAAUGGGAAGAUGUCUUUGAUGGAUGUAGUAUCCCCUACGGUCCCAUUCAAUCUAUGGAGCAAGUCUUUCAAGAUCCUCAGAUUCUUCAUAAUAAGAUGAUCCAGAGCUUGGAGCAUCCUACCGUUGGGCAGGUGCGAGUACCAGGACCACCUGUUGAUUACAGUACCAUCCAGACCGAUGCUAGACUUCCCCCGCCUCGUUUAGCUGAACACACACAACAGGUGCUCCAGGAGCUCCUUGGAUACGACCCCACCCAGGUACAACAACUUGAAGAAAGUGGAGCAAUUAGUAUUCUGAAAUCUGAAAAGCCACAAUCAUGAUGUGAUUAAUUGGUGGCCGACAUUUCAGAGUGUUGGUUUCAAUGAGCAAGACGCUUAACCAUAAUGGGCUUCUCUGCACCUAGGUGUAUAAAUAGUGAAAUCUUAAAAGAUGCAAUCAUGAUGUUAUUUAGACUAACUAUUGGUGGCUGUCACUUCAGAUUGUUGGUUUUAUUGAGCGAGACACUUAACCAUAAUGGGCUUCUCUUCACCCAGGUGUAUAAAUAGUGAAAUCUCACAAGAUGCAAUCAUGAUGCGAUUUAAAACUAACUAUUAGUGGCUGUCACUUCAGAUUGUUGGUUUUAAUGAGCAAAUCACUAAACCAUAAUGGGCUUCUCUUCACCCAGGUGUAUAAAUAGUUCACUGUAACAGUCCACGCGGUUAAUGUGAAAUUCUUUUUGCUCAUGGGAAUCUCGGGGUUGUAUAUUUCCAUUAAAAUUGAGAAUAUCAAGAAGUUUUUUUUUUAACAUAAAAAGCGAAUAUUUAUAAGUGGCCCCAGCUUAUCACCCAAUACCAACACAUGAAAGGAGAAACAGGAGAUUUAGACAAGAGCUCCGCUAUAAAGAUGUCGUUGUCAUUGGCAUUGGGUUGCUUCCAACUGAUCUCCCUAAAUUAAUGAGGGAUGGACAAGAACUUGAAAAUCUCAUCAUGAUUCCGACCUCGGUCAACUAGAGAGAAAGAGAGAGGGAAGGUGGGGAUAUAAGUGAUCCCAAGGGGACCUAUUAUUGUACUUAAUUGAAUGAUGGAGUGAUUGUUGGUGCCUUGAAAUAAUCAGCUUGGCGUACAGUCAACCCUCGUGACGUACUUCAGUUGCUUAGGCAGUGAUCAGAUGAUAGUUUUUAAAACAAUUAUUAUUAAUUUUCUCGAGACAAAAUAAUGAAAGUGACAACUUACAAAGUAGAAUGGGUGUCGAGUAGGAUUUUACACAGGAAGGAAAAAAUGAAGGACUUUUUUAAAAUUCGCAGAUAUUAAGUCCUUCCUUUGUAAACCAGAUUUGGACUUAGUUGUUAUACAAUUAUUUUGUUCGAGAUUUUGUUUAUAGCCUGAAAAUGAUAUCAAAAGCUAUGCAUACUCAUCAAAAUUAUUAUCUUUGUUUCUUCUUCAGAGGGCAAAUAAUUUUAAUGAUUU